AUGGAUCGCAAGUUACACCUGAUUGUUGAUGACCACUUUGCGGAGAUUGAUGAGGAAACAGUUCCUGAUGUUCUAAAAGUUGCUGGCCGAGCUGGUGCGCUGGCUACUUUCAAAAGGCUUUUCGAGCAGUUGGAUCGUGAAACUGGUCCUGACAUUGUAAAGAAGUUAAUUAACGAUGGAGAUGGUGUCUGCUCUGCUGCUUUACCCCUGCAUUUUUUAUGA